AUGUCUAUCGUCGAAUUUAAUAAUGUUUUUAAAACUAAUGCUGAGGCAUAUGAAUUAUUAUCUCAGCUCGAUUCAGUGAGUGAACAAACAUGUUUAAAGUGGAUUGAUAUUUGCGAUGUGAUUAGUGCUGCAUUGAACACUAAUAAUUUAAUUCACUGGCAAGAUUUGGAGAGUGCUUUUCAAAACCGUAUUAAAACAGGAAGCAUCAUUAAUCAAGGGCAUAUUGAUUUGCGAAACUUUCUACUUGAUGCUAAAAAAAUGCUUAUCGAAAAACUUCACACUACUCUAAAAACUGAAGGUAGUGUUAAGGUGAGCACAACUUUAAAAUGCAAAUUCGAAAAUUCAACAAAUAAUCAACGAGUUGAGGAGAAUAAAUCUUUCAAGACUCCAACUGUUGAUAUUUUACUCUCAAGAGCACUCGAAAAUUGGUUCAAAGAAGACGUUUACAAUACCAUUCUUCAAAAAAUUGAAGAAUUUAAUGAAAAGGACUCCGGAUGGAGUUUAAGUGAAGUUAUAAACCUGGAUGUUAAUAUCUCCCGAUUCGCUCCGAUUCAUGGUGGUUUUUCAACGUUCAUUCCAUUGCCAAAGGAUAUAAGUGAACAGGUGGUGUCUUGAACAUUCAGAAUAA